GCGAGGUUUAACAGCAAGAUGGCUGACGCUAUGGAUGAAUACGAGAAAGAAGCUGGCUGUGUCCCUAUUCUCCAUCCAGAGGAAAUAAAGCCACAGAGCCACUAUAACCAUGGAUACAGUGAGAACGUAGGCCGGAAAGGUCACGUGGACGAUUACAGCACCUGGGACAUCGUCAAAGCCACACAGUAUGGGAUUCUGGAGCGCUGUCGAGAGCUGGUGGAGGCGGGAUACGAUGUCCGACAGCCAGACAAGGAGAACGUCACUCUGCUGCACUGGGCUGCCAUCAACAACAGGGUGGAGCUGGUCAAGUACUACAUAUCGAAAGGUGGCAUCGUGGACCAGCUGGGGGGCGAUCUGAACUCCACGCCGCUGCACUGGGCUACGAGACAGGGCCACCUCUCCAUGGUGGUGCAGCUGCUGAAGUUCGGCUCGGACCCCUCCCUCAUCGACGGGGAGGGCUGCAGCUGCGUUCACCUCGCCGCCCAGUUCGGACACACCUCCAUCGUGGCCUACCUCAUCGCCAAGGGACAGGAUGUGGACAUGAUGGAUCAAAACGGCAUGACUCCUCUGAUGUGGGCAGCCUACAGAACACACAGUGUGGACCCCACCCGUCUGCUGCUGACCUUCAACGUGUCGGUGAACCUGGGGGACAAGUACCACAAGAACACGGCGCUGCACUGGGCCGUGCUGGCCGGCAACACCACCGUCAUCGGCCUCCUGGUCGACGGCGGAACCAACGUCGACGCGCAGAACAUCAAGGGCGAGACGCCGCUGGAUCUGGCCAAACAGAGAAAGAACGCCUGGAUGAUCAACCACCUGCAGGAAGCACGGCAGGCCAAGGGCUACGACAGCCCCUCCUACCUGAAGAGACUGAAGGGAGACAAGGACUUCAGGCAGAAGAUGAUGUUGGGCACGCCCUUCUUGGUGGUCUGGUUGGUGGGCUUCAUCGCAGACCUGGACAUCGACUCCUGGCUCAUCAAGGGCCUGCUGUACGGGGUGGUGUGGAUCGCCCUGCAGUUCCUCUCAAAGGCCUUUUUUGACCACUCCAUGCACAGUGCCCUGCCCCUGGGCAUCUACCUGGCCACCAAGUUCUGGAUGUACGUCACCUGGAUCUUCUGGUUCUGGACCGAUCUCCCCUUCGUCACCACUCACCUCCCCUUCCUCCUGAACAGCGUGGCGCUCUUUUACAACUUUGGAAAGUCGUGGAAAUCUGACCCAGGGCUCAUCAAAGCGUCUGAGGAACAGAAGAAGAAGACAAUUGUUGAACUGGCAGAGACGGGAAGUUUGGACCUCAGCAUAUUCUGCAGUACUUGUUUGAUACGGAAGCCUGUGAGAUCCAAACAUUGCGCUGUGUGCAAUCGUUGCAUUGCCAAGUUUGACCACCACUGCCCCUGGGUGGGCAACUGUGUAGGAAGUGGGAACCACCGCUACUUCAUGGGGUACCUGUUCUUCCUGCUCUGCAUGAUCUGCUGGAUGAUCUACGGCUGCAUCUGCUACUGGAGGAUCCACUGCGCCACCACGUACUCCAGGGACGGCUUCUGGACGUACGUGACGCAGAUCGCCGCCUGCUCGCCCUGGAUGUUCUGGAUGUUCCUCAACAGCAUCUUCCACUUCAUGUGGGUGGCAGUGCUCAUCAUGUGCCAGAUGUACCAGAUCGCCUGCCUGGGCAUAACUACCAACGAGAGGAUGAACGCCCGAAGAUACAAGCACUUUAAAGUCACGUCAACGUCCAUAGAGAGUCCCUUCAAUCACGGCUGCGUUCGGAACCUCACGGACUUCUUCGAGCUGCGCUGCUGCGGUCUGAUUCGGCCGACCGCGGUCGACUGGACCACGCAGCACACGAUAGACUACGACCAGACGUCCGGGUCGGGGUACCAGCUGGUGUAGGAGGAGGUCGUUCUCCACCGCCAUGGACAGUGCAUCUGCCUGCUGUGUGGGGACGGCCCGGGUGGGACAGGAGGCUCAGAAAGGGAUUUAUUUAUUCUGCGUACGCGGGAGGCAUGCAUUGCAGGACCGCAAUGCUUCCUUUUACUUUUUUUUAUUAUUAUUUUUUUUUUACCAUCGGUUAUUCUGUUCCUGUUCUUUUGUCCUUUUAAAUAUUUAUGCCUGAAGUUUAGUGGGGAGAAGAAAAAAAAUCAGAGGACGCUCUGGUAGACUGAAUCCAAGGGCGGCGUCUGUGUUUUACGUAGAAACACUGUCUUUUGGGAGGUGAGGAGGAAAGUGAAGUGGUAAGGGUUAUGUUUUUAUGUAAUCUCUGCUGUGGUAAGGAAGCCUGGCUCCGGUUAAGGGGAUCGAGUGACUUUCCCCAACGCGCGGUGGAAACUAAUCUCACCAUAACUGAUGGUAAUGUGACAGAUUAGUACAAAUAUAAACUAGAAAUCAUAGAUGCGGUUCGUUCUCAGAGUACACUUUCACAGAACUAUGAGAGAGUGCAGGUGUACGCUAUAAAAAAAGGAAAAGGUGAUGCUUGUAUAUUUAUUUUUAAGUAUUUUUUUAUAGACGAGUUAAAUCAUGGUACCAUCCGUUUUAUGUUCGUAUUAAUUUGAACGUUUUACUGUGAAAACAUCCCUCCUAAGCUCGAAGAUAACUUGACAUGGUGUAUGCAUAUUUGUGUACGCAUGUGCGUGCCUGCGUAUAUGUGUGCCUGUGUGUGCACGUGUGCGUGUGCACGUGUGCUUAUGUGUGAGUGUGUGUGUGUGUAUGUGUGUGUGCGCGCGUGUGUCACAUGAAGACACUGUAUAUACAGAUAUGUCCCUUUGUAGCCAUGUCAGCUGAUAUGCAUGUGCAAACUGACUUCACUACACUUCACACUAACACUCGUGUUAGAACACUCAUGAAAUACAGAAUUUUAUGGAAUGGUUUAAGGUGGUAGUUUGCCAGAAUAUCCUGUUCCAUGUAUUGAUUUUUAAUGUAAUGAUUUGACAUCCUUUUGGAUUGGCUGUAUGUUUGUCUGAUUAAGGCGAUGCACUGAUACCUUCCGUUACUUCCAGGAAACACUUCCACAUGUUUACAGUGACUGGGGGCCCAGACUUGAGGGAAACAUUACAGCUGCCGACUGUUGUCUUUUGUUCCUUUUGUUUCCUUUUGUUUUUAUUUUCUGUUGUUUUUCCACAAGAACAAACUCCCAAGCAGCUGCCACAGGGUUUAUACUGAUGUAAAGAAUGUCUAUCUGUACAUAAACUAUCCACCUUCUGCUGAGUGAUAUUAGUCUGUUAGCUGAAGCAGCUUAUCUUAAGUUUGUCCCCAACAAAACCAAAAAAGAACCUACGAUACACCCGUGUGACUGUAGCUUUUAGUAAUGUCCACCACUGCUGUUUUUACGCGUUUGACCUCCACUCUGCAUGUGCCAUGUUUGGAAAUUGGGCUUUUCAUGUACACGGUAAAACGUUCAGGAUUUGGUCAACUCUGCAGUCCAGAAGAGCUACCAUGUACCAUCUUGGACUGAAAUGUUUAUAAUAAUAAUAAUAAUAAUAAUGAUGUACUCUCAGAUUUAAACACGUUCUUAUCAGAGUUGAUUCCACGGAACAUUUUGCUGUCCACGUCUGUCACUCAAAUUUGCCUGGCAGCUGGCCAAAGCCGGUGUAGUGUGAGGGAGUCCAGUGUCUGUAAAUAAUCACUGUCCGGUAGCUGCCUGUACGAGGAGGUGUCACAAAUCAUGCAAGCGCUGCUAAUCUGCCAGCAGCUGACGUGGACUGGCCCCCCCCGUGCAGAGGUGUAAAUAUAUCUGAAUGUUGUUUAUUUAAGGCCAGGGGCAGGAAGGCCGUUUUCUUCUCUUGGGGUCGAUGCCAUAGACUCGCUCACGCCACUGGAGGUCUUGAAACUGUAAAAGUCAUGAGGGAAGUGAGAUUUUCUGCACCUGUGCGGUGGAAUCCGUGCUCCUGCGCUGGUCCGACAUUCUCCAAUGUCUCUGGGGCUCUUAAGUUCGCCCGUGCAGUCAGUAACCGAAGCAGUUCUCCGUUCUACAUUUUGUAAGCUUUAUGGCACAGGUGUCAAACUCCAGUCCUGGAGGGCCGCUGUGUCUGCUGGUUUACGGUUUGUUCUCAGAACCUGUGGUGCAUUUAAGUAAUUGAUUGGCUAAAGAAUCGACACUCCUUUGUUCUGGAGACCUUAAUUGGCAGCUGAUUGAAAGGAAACCUCAAAAACCAGCAGAUACUGCAGCCCCUUAGGGAUUCAGUGUGACACCCCUGCUUUUGGAUGUGCAUGGUCCUCCGCAGUGUCUGCUGGUUUUUGGUGUGUUUCAGCACGAGAGAUACAAGGCUUUCAUCGGCUAAAGAGUCCACACACCUUGUUCUCAAGGCCUUAACUGGCUGCUGAUUGAAAGGAAGCCACAAACACCAGCACACACUGCGGCCCUCUUCACCCUGUCCUAGAGUCUUAAAAUCAAUCACCUCACCUGUGCCAAGCAGCACACUUCCCUACUAUUGACUAUACAAGUUGCUUACUCAAUAGUAGGCAAGUGUGCCAAUUCUGGCACAGUGCAGGAAACCAGCUGAGGUGACUUAACUGUUUAAUCGAUUAAAUAGAUUACAUGCUGUGUGACGAGCAAAGGACCAGGGUCGAGGACCGCCAUUUUAGAGAAAAAUGACCAUCAGGAACGGUCCUGAUAUUCCCGAGUUAUGCUCCUUCUCAGCGCCCCGAAUGGGAAAAGCACAUGAAACCGAUGAAUAAUCCUUGUUGGAACGCUGCCUGUGUAGGCCUUUAUACAGGCCUUUACCAUAUGUUUGCUUAAGACACGCACUGGGCAUGGUAGAAUUUUAUUGGGUUUCAUAAUAAAAAUGUUUAAAUGUGAAACACAA